AUACAGAAGAGGUGGCAACUUGUGGGGAGUUAGGGCUGGAGGGGGCAGGGAAUACACUGGGUGAGGAAAGGGAGGGGGACAGAGUGUGACAAACCUGCUGGGACUUGUUUAACGUGGGCCUAGAUUCUAGGAACAAACACUUGGGUGUUAGGGGAGAAAAUUCCCUAAUUUGUGAAGCAGGAAAUAGAGAAACCAACCUCCUGGGCAGGGCUGGGAAAACUGACCAGACUUCCAGUGCUGAGCCCUCAGCCUGCUAGCCAGGGGCUGGUGUGACAUGGAAAGGGGGCCCCCACCAGGGAGGUGCAGGGAAGAUGUCCCGGCCCCUCACAUCCAGCUGCUGGCAGUGGGGAGGGUGUUUGGUUCCUACCAUGGGGUUGUAUCAGCCUCUGGCUAGUAGGUGUGUGAUGGAUCUGCAGGCAGAGACAAGGGGUCUCUCUUUCUUCUCUCACCAUGGUGCCCCUGUCUGCUCUCAGCAGUGUGGGGAUAGGACUCUGCCGACUGUUUCUCUCUCAGAGCUUCCAUUUGAUUGGCUGCUUUCCCCCGUGAAUAGUGGGGCUGUGAGUGGGGAGCAGGUACUGAGUGUUGGACUCUUGCUCUUUCAGGGGCCGGUGACCUUCGAGGAGGUGGCUGUGUAUUUCUCCAGGGAAAAGGGUAAUCUGCUGGACCCCACUCAGAGAGCCCUCUAUAGGGAUGUCAUGCAGGAGAACUAUGAGACGGUGGUCUUGCUGGUAGGGUUUCCAGUUUCCAAACCUGAUAUGAUCUCCCAGGUGGAACGAGGGGAAGAGCCGUGGGUCCCAGACCUCCAGGGCUCUGAGAAAGAAGUGCUUCCAAGAGCUGCUUGCACAGGUAGUGACCUGUGUCUGGAUUCUCUCUGUCUCCCAUCAGGUGAUGAGAUGGUGAGUGAGAAUGAGGAGGAGAAACCCCGUCAGGAAGAUGCUGAGCGAAGAGAAGCACAUGGAAUGUUAUCAGGAAGAUCCAAAGAGAAUGUUUCCAGGAGUUGUGCACUCCCAGAAAAAACAGAAGCCUGUGAGACUCAGGGGAGGCCAGAGGGAAACUUGAGUAGCCUCUCAGACCUUAUAAGAAGAGGCAGAAUCAACUUGGAAGAGACACGCUACAGGUGCCAUGAGUGUGGGAAAAGCUUCAAUUGGAGCUCUACCCUUGUCAGACAUCGCAGAAUCCACACAGGAGAGAUGCCUUACACGUGCUCUGAGUGUGGAAAAAACUUUAGUUGGCGCUCAGACCUUAUCAAACAUCAGAGAAUCCACACGGGAGAGACACCUUAUACGUGCUCUGAGUGCGGGAAAAGCUUUAGUCGGAGCUCACACCUUAUCACACAUCAGAGAAUCCACACAGGAGAGAAGCCCUACACAUGCUCAGAGUGCGGGAAAAGCUUCAGUCAGCGCUCACAUCUUAUCACACAUCAGAGAAUCCACACAGGAGAGAAGCCCUACACGUGCUCAGAGUGCAGGAAAAGCUUCAGUCGGCGCUCAGACCUUAUCAAACAUCAGAGAAUCCACACGGGAGAGACGCCCUACACAUGCUCAGAGUGCGGGAAAAGCUUCAAUCAGAGCUCACAUCUUAUCACACAUCAGCGAAUCCACACAGGAGAGAAGCCCUACACUUGCUCAGAGUGCGGGAAAAGCUUCAGUCAGCGCUCAGACCUUAUCAAACAUCAGAGAAUCCACAUGGGAGAGACGCCCUACACAUGCUCUGAGUGCGGGCAAAGCUUCAAUCAGCGCUCAAGGCUCAUUAGACAUCAGAAAAUGCACAGAAGAGAGAAUUGUAAUAAAUCCCUUGACUAGUGUUGGCAAAAACGAAUUUUUUUAAAAAAAAUCACAUUAGCUAA